CUACCCAGUCUUGAAAAAAACUUAUUUUAAUUAUCUCUGUUAUCUAAUGCUACGCAUUAAACAUGCAUAUAUGUAAUUGUGUUUAUGAAGGAAAAUUCGAACGUAUUAUAUCAAUGUGUAUUUGUGUUCUGAUGAUAAGAAAACGCCCUGUAUUUGUCUAGUAUAAGUAAAGAUUAAGUAUAGUCUGUGGUAUGACGAAGUGUUGAUUAUUUAUCUACGUUUAUUCAGCAAAAAGUACGAACGAUUAACCUUUCAUAUGAUAUGAAUAUUGAAGACGUAUCGCAUGAGGUUAUGUUACGCGACAAUUAAUUUCAAUUAUGUUUUGAAACGUGUCCUAUAUCAAGAUUGCUCAGUCAUCUUAUAAUUUUGUACCUGUCAGUUAAGUAAACAGUCCGAUUAUAUUUUUCCAUUCGUUACGCAGUUUUAAUAAAAAUCACAAUCUGGUAUGUUGUGCCAAUCCUAAAUAACACGGUAUUUGGUCCAAUUCAUUCCUGAUAAUGGCUGAUGAAGUAGAGGCACUUCGCCUUAACAAUGAAGAAAUUGAAUAUAUGGAAGCUGAGCUUGAUGGCGAUGACGAUGAUGGUUCUGACGGAGUGGUAGUUCCAGAACUUCAGGGUACAUUAUCCAAAUGGACAAAUUACAUACACGGCUGGCAAACGAGAUUUAUUGUUCUCAAGGAUGGUACUUUAUCUUAUUAUAAAUCCGAACAAGAUAGUGGAUUUGGUUGUCGAGGUUCGAUAAGUUUAUAUAAGGCUAAUAUCAAGGCACAUGAAUUUGAUGAAUGUAGAUUUGACGUAUCUGUUAAUGAUUGCUUAGUAUGGUAUUUGAGAGCAAGCAAUCCUGAAGAAAAACAGAGAUGGGUAGAUGUUUUAAAGUCAUAUAAGUCAGAAUCAGGCUAUGGAAGUGAAAAUAGUCUUAAACGUCAUGGUAGUGCCAUUUCCUUAGUGUCGAACACACAGUCUACUACAAGCGCUGGUAGUUUUACAAAGCGUGGUAUUAGAGGUUUGAAAGAAAAAUUAGCAGAAAUAGAAACAUUCAGAGACAUUCUAAUAAAGCAAAUUGAUACUUUACAAAAAUAUUUUGAUAAUUGUGCAGAAAAUGCUAAAAAUGCUUUCUCAAAAGAAAAUAAGAUUGAAAAAAAAUUUAAUCCGGCUGAACAGUCAGUGGAUUUUAAGGGUGAAGCAAUUACAUUUAAAGCAACAAGUGAAGGAGUCUUGGCGACGUUACAACACUGCAUUGAGUUAAUGAUACAGCGUGAAGAUGCAUGGCGUCGUAGAUGGGAAAAAGAAGUUGAAAAAAAGCGAAAAUUACAAGAAUUGUAUAAAACUUUAAAAGAUCAAAUUACCAUGCAUCAAAGUGAUUCUCCAAGACCUCGAGUUCUCAUUCAUGGAGGUCCAGAUUAUGAGGAAGGUCCACACAGUGCUCUAUGCGACGAAGAAUUUUAUGACGCGGUAGAAACUGGUUUAGAUAAAAUCGAUGAAGAGAAUCAAUUAAGAGAUCGUUUGAAACAAAAAUCUGUUACCAUUUUAACUACACCUACUACAUCAGCGGUAAAGCAUAGGCUUUGGCCUGAGAUAGAAAAAAUAACUAUGCAACAGCUGCACUAUGCUAGACUUGGCGUAGGAGGAGCAGGAGGAUGGCAAUUAUUUGCUGAAGAUGGUGAUAUGCGAAUGUAUAGACGCGAGGAGGAAGCCGAUGGUUUGGUCGUAGAUCCUCUUAAAGCUUGUCAUGUUGUAAAAGGUGUAACCGGACAUGAGGUCUGCGAAAUAUUCUUUGGUCCUGAAUAUAGAAGCGAAUGGGAAGCUACGCUCGAAGAUAUGACUGUAAUAGAAAAUAUCUCCAAGGAUACUUUGGUAUUUCUGCAGACGCAUAAACGAAUUUGGCCUGCGAGCCAGAGGGAUGCACUCUUCUGGUCCCAUAUACGUAGAGUAACAGAUGAUCAAGAUCCAGAUGCACAUGAUUUAUGGAUAGUAUGCAACCACAGUACAGAAUAUUCCGAUUAUCCAUCAAAUGUUGGUAAAUGUGUGAGAGUUUACUUAACAGUAUGUCUUGUAUGUCAAACAUUUAUUGAUCCUCCAAAAGAUGAAGAAGAAAUAAAACGAGAUAAUAUAACUUGCAAAAUAACAUACUGUUCUGUCGUAAAUCCUGGUGGAUGGGCACCAGCAUCUGUCUUACGUGCAGUUUAUAAGAGGGAGUAUCCAAAGUUCCUUAAACGUUUCACCAAUUUUUGUAUUGAACAAUGCAAAAAUAAGCCAAUUACAUUCUGAAUGUGAUUUAUAGGAUUUAAAAUUUUCUAUAAAACUCCAUCUUUACACUUCAUUCAAGUGUCUUGGUAAGGUAUUGUAUCAAAUCUGCGAAUGUUGUAAUUGCAGAUAUUUGUGAAGCACUUUUGGAUUAUUAUAAAGUGUUUUGUAUACUAUUUUUUUUAUUUGCUUAAUAUAAUGUAUCUAUAUACAGCUUAAGAAGAAAAAAAAAGAAAGAAAAAAAAAAUGAAACUAUCAUAUUAUCUCAUCAAUAAUUUCCAGAGGUGUACAGAAAUGUAUACAUUUAAAAAAUCUACUGUAUAACGCGCAGUAUAUAGUAUAAUACACCAUUCAAAACUAAACUUUAUGUCUUCACACAAUAGCAUAAUUGCUUGUUGUUUCAUUGUUAUACAGAAUGAUAUUGAAGUCAAGUUGUACAAAUUUAAACAAAAUUAAAUACAUAUACGUUUAUCUACUGUUAUGUCGUACCCAUAUGAAUGCAAAAUUGUAUAAUACAAAUUAAAUUGUUAUUUUUAUUUAUACAUAAAGGUGUACAUAGAUACACAAUAUAAAGGUCCCAUAUAUGGCGUAACAUAAUAAAGACUGUUGUAGACUAAUCUUAAUUUGGUAUUAUUUUAUGUUGCCAUUGUAUUAAAAGCUAUGUAUAAAGAAGUUAAAAAUCA